CUUGACUCCAGUGGCUCAUCGUCAAUCGAGCUAUAAAGUGACGAUAGCCUGGCUCAACUUAUAAUCAAGGGCGUAUGAAGAGUAGUUGGGGAUUGAUCAGGUGAAUUACGUGAAACAAUGCGGAGACUUAUUAUACUUGUCGUGGUCACAUUGACCUCGGCAUUGGAGCUCGUCAGCAAUGUUCCGUUGAAUAGUACAACGCCGGGUGUUUAUGGUUUCGAAGUCGAUUAUGAAAAUAAUCAAUUUUUAUUGGACGGAAAACCUUUCCGUUACGUUUCCGGAAGCUUCCACUACUUUCGCACGCCGAAGGUCUAUUGGCGUGACAGAUUGAGGAAGAUGAGGGCUGCGGGUCUCAACGCUGUGUCAACCUACGUAGAGUGGAGCCUUCACCAACCGAGGCCGAACGUCUGGCGCUGGUCAGGGGAAGCGGACAUCGUCGAGUUCCUCACGAUCGCCCAACAGGAGGAUCUUCUGGUUCUCCUGCGCCCAGGGCCGUACAUCUGCGCUGAACGCGAUCUGGGGGGUUUGCCACCUUGGCUGAUGACCCUCGUACCGGAUAUAAAAAUGCGGACCAAUGACGCGCGCUAUAUGGAGUACGUCGAAGCGUACUUCCAACAGCUACUGAGUCGGGUGCAGCCGCUCCUCCGGGGUAACGGUGGACCUAUCAUCAUGGUCCAAAUUGAGAACGAAUACGGAAGCUUCCCUGCUUGCGAUGUGAAGUACAGGGAGGGCCUUCGUGAUAUCAUCGCAAGGUACGUGGAAAACAAGGCCCUCUUGUACACGACUGACGGAUCUGGGACCAACUACCUCCGCUGCGGAGUUGUCGCCGAGGCUUAUGCUACCGUUGACUUCGGAGCUGCCGCGAAUAUCACGAGGUCCUUUGGUGCGAUGCGAAAAUAUCAACCGAGUGGCCCUCUCGUCAAUUCCGAAUAUUACACGGGCUGGCUGACCCACUGGGACGAAGCCUUCCAGAGGGUCUCGACCGCCGCCUUCAUCAGAACUCUCAAGGCAAUGUUAAACCUCAACGCCUCCGUCAAUCUCUACAUGAUGUACGGUGGAACGAACUUUGGCUUUACCGCGGGUGCCAACGGUGGCGAGGAUCAAUAUAUGCCUCAAAUAACAUCUUACGAUUACGACGCACCUUUAACCGAAGCUGGUGAUCCCACAGAUAAAUAUUUCGCGCUUCGCGAUGCACUCGAGCAGUACCUGCCGAUGCCCAAUUUGUCCCUGCCCACGGUAGCUCCGAAGGGAAAUUACGGAGUUGUUUCCCUUCAACCGAUCACGAGAUUGUUUGAUAGUCAGGCCAGACGCCUAGCUGCCAAGGUUGGGGUCUUUAAGAUACCACCGACUUUUGAGCAGUUAGAUUUGCCUACGGGAAUCGUUCUUUAUGAGACCGAACUUCCUGUGGGGGUCAAAGAUCCUGCUGUUCUCACUGCCGCGGUAGCGGACAGAGCGCUUGUUUAUCUUGAUGAUUAUUUGGUCGGCACUUUGAGUCGAACUCUGAAGCUCAAGACAUUGAGUCUGCAGAACCCGUACGCUAAGAGGAUUCAGAUCCUUGUGGAGAGUCAGGGACAUCUAAAUUUCGGGAAUGUUGUUCAAGAUUGGAAGGGUCUCCUUAGCGCAAAAGUCGAUGAUAAGCCUCUGAAAAAUUGGAACGUGAGUUCCUUUCCACUGGACAAUCUGCAGCCAGUGGCGAACUUCUCAAUCACAAGUUUUGCGUCCGGCAAUCAGGUAAACGGUCCCUUCAUCCUUCGUGGCUCCUUCAAAGUGGAGGGACAACCCCUGGACACUUAUCUGAACGCGGUAGGAUGGGGUAAGGGGGUGGCCUACGUCAAUGGCCAUAAUAUCGGCCGAUACUGGCCCAAGACUGGACCGCAAAUCACGCUUUAUGUCCCCGGAGCAUGGCUCAAGACGGGCGUGAAUGAACUUAUUGUGAUUGAGUACGAGUACGUCCCUGCUGGGUUGAAAAUGAUAUUCCAGGAGGUUCCCAAUCUAGGGAGGUCUCAUAUGAGAGUCAGGGAUCAUUAAAUUAUGAGACAAUUUUUUUAUUAUAUUUUUACCAUAAAGUUAUGUAAACGAUAACACAAAGAAAUAAAUACUCUGUUUCUUAUCAA